AUGAUAAUCUUGUCUUUUUUGCUAUCACAGGUGAUUUUGUUUGGGGAGCAUGCUGUGGUGUUCGGCAAGACCGCUCUUGCGGCUUCUCUCUCCAACUUGCGCACGUUUGCCCACUUGACUGCGGGCGGCGAGGGAGUUGUGGCGCUGGAGCUGCCCGACCUCCCAUCUGCCCCCACCUUGGCCUUCGCACUCCCCGAGCUGCAGGCGCUGCGAUCCCACUUCCACGGCGUCUCCCUCACCGACGCCGACGAAAAGGCCGCUGAGCCCGCCGAUGACGACGCGGCGGUGAAGGCCCUCAAGGUCCUGUGCGCGCAGCGGGCCGACGAGAGCGAGCACCACUUCUCGGCGCUGGUGGUGUUCCUCUAUCUCUACCUCUCCCUGGCCACCGCCGCAGCCGACCGCGGCACGAAGGCGACGGAGAGUGUGCGAGUGCGCAUCCGAUCGACGGUGCCCGUGGGCGCCGGCCUGGGUUCGUCGGCAGCCUUCUCGGUGUCGUGCGCCGCCGCGUUGCUCCAGCACUUUCAUGGCUCGCACGGCGCCGAUGGCGCUCCCACUGAGAACGCGGCCACGUCCAAGGCCAACAUCAACCGAUGGGCGCUCAAGGCCGAAAAGAUCAUCCACGGCACACCGUCGGGCAUCGACAACUCCAUCGCCACGUUCGGUGGUGCUCUGACCUUCCAUCGAAAGCAAGUCGAAGGGCGCGUCGUGGGUGUGAUGGAGCACUUGGACAGCUUCCCUCCGCUCCAGUUUGUGCUCACCAACACAGCCGUGCCGCGCAAAACUUCGGUGCUGGUGGCUGGCGUGAGAACGUUGCGCGAGCGCUACCCGGAGGUGAUCGAUCCCGUGCUGGACUCCAUCCAUGCCCUCACCGUCAAGGCCAUCGGCUACCUCGCCGCCGCAGCCAACUCGCAGGCCUCGGAAGGCGAGUUGCACACACACCUGGCGUCGUUGAUCGACGUCAACCAUCACUUGCUCAACGCCGUGGGCGUGGGCCACCCUCAGCUGGACAAAAUUCGCCUCCUAUCGGCCCAGUACAAGCUGCACAGCAAGUUGACGGGCGCCGGUGGUGGCGGAUGCGCGUUCACCCUCCUCACGAACGAAACGAGCGAGGAGCAGACCAAGCAGCUCAUCGCCGACCUCGACCGAGAGUUCGGCCCCAGUUCGUCCCUCACCACCGGCGUGGGCGGGCCAGGCGUCACCUUCCACGGCACAGCCGACCUUCCCACUCACUUCCACAACUGA